GUGGGCCGUUCCCGUCCAUACGUUCCCAUUAUUACACAUCCGUUUAGUGCACAACAGUUCAACCAAUUUAGGUCUAACCAUGUCUUCAAAGUCGACCAAUUCUGGCGGUACUCUCAUUAUACCGGGUGUUACGGAUGUCAUCACAUUUACGCUAAGGUUUGGCACAAGACAUGGCAUCGAUUGUCGUAUAAUGCGUGCCGAAAGCCACCGAGAUUUGGCCAAUUGGGCCAAACAUAUAGUACAAGCAUCACACUCGGCGGCCGUUGCGCUCAAAGAGAUCUGUUUCGCGUGCAUUUAUAAGAACAUGGAGUCAAUCAUUACAAUUCACAUCGAGAAUGGAUUCACGUUAGAAGAGAUUCAGACGAGAAAAAUCUUAUGGAGAAUGUCUUUUGAGCAGUUGAAAGGCACCGGAGAUGACGGCAAACGAAUUGUUUGGCUUGAAUUCAAUGGAGACGACGAUAAGGAAUUAGAUUUACUACAAAACCCGAAGCCUUUUAUUUUUACUUUACACACAUUUCUAUCGGCAAAACUCACUCACUUAGGACUCACACCCGAUGUCUGACAGCCUCUCGUUAACCAAUAUAUUUUAUUUUCUCAAUUCCUAAGCAAUAAUAUGACUUUUGGAUUAAAGUUUUUAAUAUAUAUUUAUAUUUUUAACUGUUAUAUUAAUUCUGUUUCC